AGGAGUGGGAGGAGCGGCGGCGGCGAAACAUCGAGCAGAUGAACGAGGAGAUGGAGAAGAUCGCCGAGUACGAGCGCGGGCAGCGGGACGGGCUGUUAGAGAAGAACCCGGUCCGCAACUUCCUGGACGACCCGCGGCGCAGCGGCGCCUUCUCUGAGGCCGGCCGGAGGGAGGGCAGCCGCCGCCAUGUCCGGAACUGGGGGGGCGCCGACUUUGAUAAGGUCAAGACGGGCCUGGAGCCAGACAAGGAGCAGCCCUUACUGGGGCGGGGCAGUGGCCGGCGCAGGCGCCUUAAGGCACCCUUGGAUAUGACGCUUUCCAUGACUGGCCGCGAACGAGCUGAGUACACUCGUUGGAAGCAGGAACGGGAGCAGAUUGACCGGGAUCGCUUGGCCCGGCACCGCCAGCCCACUGGGGAGUGGCGCCGAGAAUGGGAUGCUGAGAAGACAGAGCCUGCGCUGAAAGACGGCAGUGAGCCUCGAGGCUCAUCGAUGGACAAGCAGGAGCACUCCAAGCACCCUCCCAAACCGCCCACCUUUGGGGAGUUCAUGGUCGGGCAGCCUGGGGACCGGCACUGGAAGAUCCGAGGGCGUGGGCGCCCCCGAGGAAGUCCUCCCAAGUCCUACAGCAUGCACGACAACCGGUGGGAAAAGGAGGAAGCCGACCGGACGCUGCCUACAUCUGCGGGAGAGAAUAAGGCGGAGGCUGCCUCUGGGAUGCAGACAGAGCCACAAAUAGGAGCAGUGACAGAAGAGGAUGAGGAAGAGUGGGAGGACGUCAGCGGGGAGGAGGAGGAAGAAGAAGAACCGGAAGCCAACAGCAGCCAGGCUUCUUCCUCGGGGGAAGAUGGGCCUCGUUCCUCCUGCUCCCCCCUGCCCCCGAGGAAGCCCAGACAACAGCCCACCCUUCGCUCUGUUUCACCUCGAGCGGCUGCAGCCACGGAGGGGGCGCCCAUGACCCCCUUGGGGCCGGCAGAGGGAUACGAGCCUGUGUCCGACUGGGGGGAAGAGAUGGAGAAGCGUUCUCCCCGGACCAGCCACAGUAGCCAAAGCCCCUUGGCUACACCCAAGGAGGAACUGCCUGCUGGCAUUGCUGGAGUGGGUCCCCUGCUACCACUGGCAGCCCAGGGAUCCCUUCCCACGGACCCCCCUGCAGGAGGGGCGGCUUCUGCUGCCCCCAGAGCCCUGGAGGCAGAGAUACAAAUGGAUGCAGAAAUGCCCAAAGAGGUGGAAGACGGGGGAGCACUUGGAGAUUGAGGCCCCAGAGGCUGAACCCCGAUGGCUCUUUCCCAGGGCUGGUUGAAAUGCAGCUGGCAGCCCGCCGAGAACUUGAGCCAGACCGUCAGAGCUGUGGCUACAGUUGUGACACGCACAUGCGUUCUGCGUGUUUGUGUCACUCUUGAACACUCUCCAGACGUUUGGCCUGAUCCAGCCACCUGCCCCCCAUCACCCUUUAGUGCUCUUAACACACCAAUCAUGGACAGGUGGGGGCUGCAGUUCCCCAGCCUUCUGCAAUCUCCCUUGGAUGGGAAAAGUAGUGUCUUCUCUCCAGCCCAGUCCUUUGUGUAGGAGGAGUGACCUGGGCCCAGGGAGAGGGUGAGGACACUCUUCCCGCCACGGGCUUCCCCAUUAUCAUGUACGGAGUAAAUCACUUCUUGACAAUAAAGCUUGCGUGCGUCUUGUC